AUGGAGGUUUUGGCUGCUGCUUUGCCGUCGGAGGAAUGGGGUCAGGACAGUGAAAUCCAGGAGCCUGUUGGGAACUUCUCUAAGCUGCAAAAAGGUAUUCGGGUUUGCUGUCAUGAAGUAGGGGAUGCAUUUUCAUAUCCUCUUUUUCGAGAAGAAAUGGAAGCAACUCCUUUCGCAGUGGAGCCAAAUUACAAUAGAAAUCAUCCUCUGUGUGUGUGUUUGUACAUAUGCACGUGUUUGUACGGGAAAUCUUCAUGCUGUUCAUCUUUUGUUUUGCAGACAAAACCUGUUGCAUUUGCAGUUCGGACAAAUGUUGGGUACAGUGCAGCUCAUGAUGACGAUGUUCCAGUCCCAGGCAUGGCCAUCUCAUUUGAGGCUAAAGAUUUUCUUCAUGUUAAAGAAAAAUUUAAUAAUGACUGGUGGAUAGGACGGUUGGUAAAAGAAGGCUGUGAAAUAGGAUUCAUACCAAGCCCAGUCAAACUAGAAAACAUGAGGCUGCAGCAUGAACAAAAGGCAAAACAAGGAAAAUUCUACUCCAGUAAAUCAGGAGGAAACUCUUCAUCCAGUUUGGGUGACAUCGUUCCUAGUUCCAGAAAAUCGACGCCUCCAUCAUCUGCUAUAGACAUAGAUGCCACUGGCUUAGAUGCAGAAGAAAAUGAUAUUCCAGCAAACCAUCGCUCCCCCAAACCCAGUGCAAACAGUGUAACAUCACCCCACUCCAAAGAGAAAAGAAUGCCCUUCUUUAAGAAGACAGAGCACAUCCCUCCCUAUGAUGUAGUGCCUUCUAUGCGACCAGUAGUUUUAGUGGGGCCUUCUCUGAAGGGAUACGAGGUAACAGAUAUGAUGCAAAAAGCAUUAUUUGAUUUUUUAAAACAUAGAUUCGAAGGGCGUAUAUCAAUUACACGAGUCACAGCAGACAUCUCGCUUGCCAAACGCUCCGUAUUAAACAACCCCAGUAAGCAUGCGAUAAUAGAGCGUUCUAACACAAGAUCAAGCUUAGCUGAAGUUCAAAGUGAAAUUGAACGGAUUUUUGAAUUAGCAAGGACACUGCAGUUGGUAGUGCUUGAUGCUGAUACCAUUAACCACCCAGCUCAACUAAGCAAAACCUCUCUGGCUCCCAUUAUAGUAUAUGUAAAGAUUUCUUCUCCUAAGGUUUUACAGAGGUUAAUAAAAUCUCGAGGGAAAUCUCAGGCCAAACACCUUAAUGUUCAGAUGGUGGCAGCUGAUAAACUGGCACAGUGUCCUCCUGAGAUGUUCGAUGUAAUUCUUGAUGAGAACCAGCUUGAAGAUGCUUGUGAGCACCUUGCUGACUACCUGGAAGCCUACUGGAAGGCCACACAUCCACCUAGCAGCAAUCCUCCUAACCAGCUUCUCACUCGCACACUUGCAACAGCCACUCUUCCUAUUAGCCCAGGUUCAAAUAUUAAUUUACAGGGAUCUCAAGGAGACCAGAGGAAUGACCAUUCAGUCCCUGAACGCAGCGGUUCACAAAUUGAAGAGGAAGCACGGGUUGAACCCAUCAAGAAAUCCCAGCAUCGCUCUUCCUCAAGCCAACACCACAACCAUCGCAGUGGUGUUAGAGGCCUUUCUAGGCAAGAAACUUUUGACUCAGAAACACAAGACAGCAGAGAUUCGGCUUACGUAGAGCCAAAGGAGGACUACUCACAUGAGCACAGUGACCACUAUGAUUCUCACAGGGAUCACAAUCAUAGAGACGAGUCCCAUGGGAGCAGUGAUCACAGACAUAGAGAAUCAAGGCAUCGCUCAAAGGAGAGGGACCGCGAGCAGGACCACAAUGAAUGCAACAAACAGCGUAGUCGUCAUAAAUCAAGGGACCAAUAUUGUGACAAGGAUGGGGAAGUGAUAUCGAAAAAACGUAAUGACGCAGAAUGGAACAGGGAUGUUUACAUCCGUCAGUAACUUUUGCCUCCGGCAGUCUUGUGUUUCUUUGAAGUCUUGUAACAAUGCCCUUUGAAAAUAUCUUUGGGUUCUUCAUUGCAGAACAUAUGGUAUCCUUCUGUAUGCUGAUUUGUAUUGCUGUUGCUUGCAUAGCAAUAGCAUGAAAUAGAAUAUUCAUAUACUUAUUUUUUUGGUUAGUGCUAUAUGAAUUAGCGAAGUACAACUGCAGAGUUCCUGAUGUUGUACUAUGCCAUUUUUCAAGCAUUUUUCGUAGCUGCCACUUGAACAAUAUCUGUUGCCAUCAAGGUGUUGUUAGUGUUUUUUAAAAAAAGGUACAUUUGAUGUUUAAUAACUUCCCGUGUAUUCAGCAAGCCAGAAUCAGCACAUAAAAAAUCUAAAACUUUUUGUCUGCUCUGAUUUUUGAUUUGUAUGCACUUGAUUUGCAUAUUGAUUUAAGAGCCACUCUCUGUUGCUUGUACCUCUGGUGGACUCCAUUUGAAGACAGAAUUCAGUCUUGCCUUACACACAGGGGAUCAUAAAGUCCAAAUCUAUUUUCUAUGUACUGGUACUGUGUACUGUAUAUACAGUUUAUAAAUGUUAUUUCUGCAGACACC